CGUUACUUUUGCAUCAAGGUAGCUCAAGAUGCUGUGGAACACUCUCGCCGGCCUGGCGCUCGCUGCACCAACCGAGGCUCUUAUUCGAUUUGGGUGCUCGCAGCUGGUCGUGGAUCGCCUUGACCCCUUGGUUGAACCAGGCAACGCUCCAUCAUCGCAUCUCCACCAGAUCAUCGGAGGAAACUCAUUCGUCCCUGAUAUGAGCCCGGACGUUCAUGAUCCACCUGCGAUGUCCACAUGCACAACCUGCCAGCCCGCAGAUGACUUCUCCAACUACUGGACAGCUUCGCUUUAUUUUCGCGCAAGGAAUGGUACUUAUAAGCGUGUCAGUCAGAAAGGCAAUGCGGGGUUUGAGGGUCAGAACGGUGGCAUGACCGUGUACUAUAUGCAAAACCAGCUUGCCGACUACCAGCAGAAGGCGAAGGUCAAGGCUUUUCAGCCGGGUUUUCGCAUGCUCAUCGGCUCACCGACCGCAUCCACAAAGGCAGAGGCGGAUAGGUAUCCGCAACUCACAUAUACCUGUCUCCAAGACCCGAGCACACGCUUUCCAGAGACCAAAGCUUUCCCUACUAAACCCUGCCCAACAGGCAUCAUGGUGAACUUGAGAUUCCCGACGUGUUGGAACGGUAAAGACCUCGAUUCGCCGGACCACAUGGCUCAUAUGGCCUACCCGGUAUCGGGUACCUUCGAGAGCCAAGGUCCCUGCCCGACCUCCCAUCCCGUGCGCAUGCCGCAACUCAUGUACGAAGUCAUCUACGAAACUGGCCCCUUCAACGACCCUUCUCUCUGGCCAACAGACGGCAGCCAGCCCUUCGUCUACUCAUUCGACGACCACACCGGGUACGGUAACCACGGCGACUACAUCUUCGGCUGGAAAGACGACUCGCUGCAGAAGAUCAUGGACGAGGAAUGCUAUGUCGGCUGCUCAACGAUGAAAACACAAAGUAUGGAGAUGAUGAACAGUUGUAGCGUGCCGCGCAAGGUCAUCGAGGACAUCGGUGAUCAAAGCUGGAUCCCCGCGCUUCCGGGGCAUUCGAAUGCUACGUGGACGGUUACUUCCACGGGGAAAGCGUUUCGUGCGUAGAUCACAUCUUUCUCUUUGCCUUUGUUCUGCUUUUGACGACAACGCAGAAAAGGUAUGAUGGUUGGGAGCUUUGACGCUUGUUCACAUGAUCACGCGUCGGUAUCCUUUCUUUUUGGGACCUCGCUGUUUCGGCCUUCGUAGAUCUUGUAGAUCUGAUGUACGGGGUAGCUUACCGCUUUCUGCAUACCCGAUGCUUUUCUUCGUGCCUAAUGCGCCGCUCCCGCAGAGCCCCACUCACACCUGCUUUGAUCGAUCACAUCACGAUUUUGUGACUGCAAUGUAGACG